CUCACGAUCAACCAAUCGUGCCGUGUGUCUUUCGAAGUUUGGAGUCAAUUCUCGUUCUUGAGUUUAUCUGAGAAUCAAUUGGCAAACUUGGUCAUUGGGAUUGGAGUCGGUGUGGGAACGAUUAACUAAUUGAAAGUUAGUAUUUUUGGAAAGCGAAUAAAAAUCAAAAGAAACGAAUAAGAGAAGCAGAAAAAAAAUAUUGCACUCAAAAUGAGUUGCAACUGCCCACUUACAGCUACUGCUGGGCCCACUUUAGCUUCUACAUGUGGUGGGCCUUCGUUUAUGCUCUUUAUGGGACUUCUUGAAGUCUUCCUAAGAAGCCAAUGCGACCUCGAGGAUCCGUGCAAUCGACCUCUUCCACGAGAUCGAAUAAACUCAAGAUACGAUUUUGUCGUAAUUGGCGGUGGCAGUGCGGGAGCGACACUCGCUUCGAGAUUAUCCGAGGAAGAAAAAUUCUCUGUAUUGUUACUGGAAGCCGGAUUAGACGAACCAACAGGAACGCAGAUUCCGUCAUUCUUCUUCAAUUUUAUUGGCAGUGAUAUCGAUUGGCAAUACACAACAGAGAGUGAAGAUGAAGCCUGCCUUAAUAAGGAAGAUAAACGUUGUUAUUGGCCUAGAGGAAAGGUACUGGGCGGUACGAGUGUCAUGAAUGGAAUGAUGUACAUGAGAGGUUCUAGAAAGGAUUUCGAUGAUUGGGCAAAAAUGGGUAAUCCUGGCUGGUCCUAUCGGGAUGUCCUUCCUUAUUUCAUGAAGAGUGAAGACAACAUGCAAGUGAAUGAAAUGGAUUAUGGUUAUCAUGGUGUCGGAGGACCACUCACUGUCACUCGUUUCCCUUACCAUCCGCCGUUGAGCUACGCGAUAUUAGAAGCUGGUAAAGAAAUGGGUUACAACGUUGUCGACCUUAAUGGCCGUACCCACACAGGAUUUGCCAUUGCUCAGACAACCUCAAGAAAUGGUUCGAGAUUGUCAACUGCCAGAGCAUUUUUGCGACCAGCCAGAGACAGGCGUAAUCUUCAUGUGAUGCUAAAUUCAACAGUGACAAGAAUUAUCUUUGACAAUAAUAAAAGAGCUGUAGCUGUGGAGUUCGUUCAUGACGAUAAGAUUCAUCAAGUAGCUGUUAAUAACGAAGUCAUAAUCAGUGGAGGCGCCGUAAAUUCACCUCAAGUGCUACUGAAUAGUGGAAUCGGUCCGAAGGAAGAGUUGGAAGCUGUGGGAGUUCCGGUUUUGCACGAUCUACCGGGUGUCGGAAAAAAUUUACACAACCAUGCCGGCUUCGCUUUAGCAUUGACGAUAAACGAUACUGACACGACACCACUUAAUUGGGCCACGGCAAUGGAGUAUUUGCUUUUCAGAGAUGGCCUCAUGUCCGGUACCGGCAUAUCCGAAGUGACGGCUAUGAUUAACACGAAAUACGCCAACCCAAGUGAUGACAGUCCUGACAUACAAUUGAUUUUUGGCGGCUACUUGGCCGAUUGUGCUGAAACCGGUAUGGUGGGAGAGAAGAAAGGAUCUAAUCGUAGUAUUUACAUAAUACCGACAUUGCUUCAUCCAAAGAGCAAGGGAUACUUACGUCUGCGCAGCAAUGAUCCAUUAGCUAAACCAAUGAUCUACGCCAAGUAUCUGACGCACCCUGACGACGUUGGAUCACUGAUAGAAGGCAUCAAGUUCAGUAUCGCACUUGCUGAAACACAUGCAUUAGCGAGAUACGGUUUCCAGUUGGACAAGACGCCGGUUAAGAGUUGCGAACAUUUGAAAUUUGGCUGUGACGCUUAUUGGGAGUGCGCAGUGAAGCACGACACGGCGCCGGAAAAUCAUCAAGCUGGUUCUUGUAAAAUGGGACCAGCCUCAGAUCCUCUAGCUGUUGUUGAUGAGCAACUAAGGGUUCGCGGUGUACGAGGUGUAAGGGUUGCUGAUACUAGUAUCAUGCCCCAGGUCACUACUGGUAAUACUAAUGCACCAGCGAUCAUGAUUGCUGAGAAGGCUGCUGAUAUGAUAAAAAGAAGUUGGAUCGGAUGAUUUUUAUAUUAUGACUCACGAGGCGGGCACGUCGGUGUUAGGGAUGCAUUUUUUAAUGAUUCUAAGAAAAUUUCAAAGUGAAAAAAAAAAACAUUAGAAUUUAGGUGACGAUAUUUAUAAGUGAUAAAUUAUUGGUAACGAUGAUCAUUGUUUCAUCACUUUGUCCUUAGUUUCUAUCGUCUUGCUCAUCUGAUUGGUGCCUCCUCGAUACCUAUAUGUAUACACAUGUACAAAACUAUAAAACUUUUGUCUCAAUCAAACUUAGCUGCAUUGCUGUUAACUUUAGUGCAGCCCAAUGAGAAAAUUAGUACUUGACGCGUAUCUCGAUGUAACUUGAUGCUUACAAGUUGUAAUGAGAUAUCUUAGAUAUUUAGUACACAUAGAAUUUACUUGAUUUCAUUGUUAAUGUUAUGGUUAUUAAUUAAUAAUAACCAUAUUUAUGUUAAUAAUAACUGUAACGAUAACGUAGUCUUAUACAAAACACUUUU